AUGAGCUCCAAAGUUAUUAAGAACCGAGGGUGUUUCCAGUGUUCCAAGCGACGGAUUGUGUGCGACGGCGCCCACCCGACCUGCUUGAAAUGCCAGAAAAAAGGAAUUGAAUGCUCGGGACUGGGUCGGUUCCGCUUUUCCUCGGGCAUAGCCACCCGCGGCAAAUUGAAGGGAUGUGCGAUUCCUACCACGGUGCCGCCUGAAUCGGAAGGGAAUAACCAGACACCCACGGGGGUUUUAAGGCCCCAGAAGAUCCGGUGGAAGGACGAUGGCCCCAAGCGUACCAGGCAGAAACAUAGGACAGCAGCUACAAAGGCUGAGAUACAUCUGGUCGGAAGAGAUGGGACGAGUUGCCAGGCUUGGCUUGAAUCCGCGUCUCAGAACCAACCCGCAGUUCCUCGUCCCACUGAAAGCUCAGUAGCAGCAGAUACGCUAUGUGAAGAUUCUAGGGUUGGGUCAUUCAUGUGUUCACAGGGCGACACGAUACAGCAGGGCCAGCUACAGUGGCAAGAAAGCUCCGGUCCCUACAAUGCGGAUGAAACAGAAUGUUGUAAUGUCGGGUCGUCACUGGCUCCGGACUCCUGCAGUACUAUAAUGCCAUGGAUCCCUUCUUUGGGUCCUCAAGAUCGAAUGUAUCUUUCGCAUUUCGCCAGUGAGGUGGCCCCCGUCAUGGUCAUCUUCGAUAAUGUUUCCAAUGGCUACCGGGAUAUUUUCUUACCUCUAGCAUGCGAAGAUGAGGUCCUGCGUGGGGCGAUCCGAGUCGUGGCAGCCCAGCACUUGGCUUUACAACACGCCGGUUUUCAUGACAUAGCAGAAGUUGGGCGUGCGGCAAUCAUUUCCCGACUUCGACGCGAUUCUAUACAGGCAUCAUCGGACAGCAUUGUUAAUCUUCGUACGUGGGCAACCUUAAUUGUCCUGCUAGUGGGUGAAACCAUCACCGGCAGUCCCGAAUACUCUCAUCUGCUGCGCACAUUGCUCUCCUUAGUGCCGAGCCUCUGUCAAAUAGAGGCGACGCCAGCUUAUCGCUUUCUUAUACAACAAACCCACAUGUUUCAGUUUCUCGGACAGCCGUUGCUUAAUGAAACCCAAGGCAUGGAUGCCCUAGGCUUUCACCCUACUCACUACCUCGACUGGACCGACUAUCAACUUCCCCCCGAGUCCAGGCACAGUAGGGUUCUUUGGGUGGUCCGACAGGCCUUUAUAGAAGCUUCCCAGAUUUAUAUCCUCCGAGCCACUACCAACCUCAACCUAUGGGAUAGGCUCGAGAGCUUGAAGCAGCUAGUGUCACGCGUCGACCCUGACGAGCAAGGGGCCCAUGCCCUUGUUUGGGUGUGCUUCAUCGCUGCCGCGGAUUCUACGGACCCUGAGCACCGGCACUAUUUUGCCGAACGGAUGAACCAGGUUUUCGCAAAGACAAAGUUUCAAAAUAUUGUUGCAGCUGUCCGGACGUUACCAGACAUCUGGGCUCAACAAGGCUCCGGGCGCUGGACGUCGAACUUACUUCAGCUAACUCCCACACUCAUUAUGUAA